GAAAAAAGUCGAAGCUUUUCCCCUACCUGGGGUACAGCAUUUUGACGUGAAUUAUGACCUGAGUAUGUUGACAGGAUGAGCAUAUAAGUAGGAGGGACAUGUGCUACAGAUUUACCAACAGCAAACCACUGUAAUCUAAGAGAAAGAGAUUUCAUAGUCGAAUAAACAACAGUAUCAAAAAUGGUGAACGUAUGUCUUUUUGUUGCUGACGGAAAUGAUGAAAUUGAAUUUUCAGCUCCCUGGGGUGUUUUCACCAGAGCUCAAAUUCCUAUUGACAGCGUCUAUGUGGGUGAAAAUCCCGAGAAGCUAGUCACGAUGUCUCGUGGCGUCCAACUCUACGCAAAGCGCUCAUUGAAAGAGUUUAAGAGUGUUGAGGAGUUUGCUUCUCAUUACGACGUUAUCAUCAUUCCAGGUGGUAUGAAGGGCGCGAAGACCCUUUCCACUGACGAAUUUGUAAAGAAGCUCGUUACUUCUUAUUGGAAGAAGUCCGGUAAGGUCAUCGGUAUGAUUUGUGCCGGCACUUUGGCAGCCAAGACGACUGGUCUUUCUGCUACUGAAAUCACUGGUCACCCUUCUGUCCGCAAGGAUUUGGAAGAGUCUGGCUUUCGAUAUGUGCCACAACCAGUUGUCGUCGAAAACAACUUGAUUACUUCUAUGGGUCCUGGUACCGCUUUGAUUUGGGCCUUGAAGUUGAUGGAGCAAGUGGCUACAAAGGAAACUUAUGACGCCGUGUACGAAGCUCUUAGCAUGCCCGAGAAGCAAAUUGUGUAUGCAACAAACCGAGAUUAAUUAGCUCUAUCAAUCUUAGUCCCGUUUGGAAUAGGACUCCAUCCUUGAAGAGGGGUGGGUGUUCUUAUGAUGGACAGCAGAAGAUGAGCCCGUUUGCGUGAUGGGAGCUGCGGAAGAAGCCAUGAGUUCUGCUGCUGCUGCUGCGGCCUGAUUUGAUGACUUUGAUGAACGUUUUUCUUUCUUCUUUUUAAUGAUCCGAUUGCUAUGGUAUUUUGUCCUAGAAUACAAUGAAUUACGAAUUUUGGAAUCUAAUGUCGUGUCGCUGACAUCCGCCGGUGUAACAUCAGAGUUUGCGCGACUGUAAAAUGUGUUAGUAAAGUCAAUACAAGAUCACAAGUAGAACUUUUAAAAAAAAAAAAAUGCAAGUAGCUUCACCAACAAAAUAUUGGAAGAGUCUUGUAAUCUUCGAGCAAGCUUUCAUACCUUAAUUUAACAGGACGACUGCCAAUGUAUCUCCCAUUCUUCUCUCUCCAAGCUCGUAGAAAGUGAUCAGGGUCUCGAAAGGAAACAAAGCCAAACCCGCGUGUUUUUCCUUCACGAUCACGGACAACCUUUGUUUUCGCUAGUGAUGGGUAUUCAAGGAAUGCAUUUCUCAAAGUGUCGUCCGUAACGUCGUUUCCUAAAUUUCCUACAAAAAGACGAAAGUGAUUAGGAUCCCAUUCGAGUAAAGUAGGAUCUUCCCAAACCUGGCCACCAGAUUUCCUUACGACCGUCGUUUUUCCGCGUGACAUUUCCGCAUAAACAAGGAGGACCAAAGAAUACACGUAUUGAUCGAGCAGUAAUGUGAGCUUUUCCUACAAAACAAAGUGUCAGAUUUUCAACGGCAAUUCAAGCGAAAAGGUUCUUAUGAAGUCGUAAUGGUUUUUAAUCAAAAAUAAACAACAAAUAAAUACAAAAAUCCAAGACGAAACUAAUACACUUUGGAGGAGAAGAGUCCAAUUCCUUUCGAAGUCGAAAUUGGCAGAAAUUACAAAAUACCGAUAGUACCUUUUCUAACCCUAUUCUGUUUAGUGAGCUAGUCAAUUGUAUAUAAGGUGGCGUAAUGAGUAAGUAAAGUUUAUUUCCUUUCGAUACAAAAGUGUUCAUUGUUGCCUUUGUAUUGUUACCCCAAAGGUCGGUUUGUUUGUUUACUUUUGAAAAGGUAAAUAAAAUUGAAAAAUGCAAUAAUUAAAGAAAUUGAUUUUGGAAACCGUUCGGUUUGUGAAAUAAAAGAAUACCUGAG